AUGGCACCGGUGCAGCUCAUGGCGCCGCCGCAGCGGCGGACGUCGCAGCGGCGGAUCAACGUCCGCGAGCAGCGCAAGCAGAGCGUGGAAGAUGCGGCUGCAAUCACCGAAGAGGGCACAUACUUGUCCCUCUCGCAAGUGGAGGCGGGAGACCUUGUUGUCGCAACAAGGAAGAGGGCGAUGCCCGAGGCGCCCGACGACGAGGCCGACCAUCUCCCCUCCCCAGCGCGGACAGCCACGGCGCGCCACCGCGGCCACUGCGGCCGCCUCCACAUUAACUCGGAAGCCCCUCGCGACCCUGCCGCCGACCCGCGCGGCGGAGACGGCAACAGCAGCGUGCGCUCGCUCGAAGCCUCGUCGGCUCUGUGCACUUCUGAGGUCAGCCUCUUGGCGGUGGGCUUGGCGGGCCGCCUCUCCGGCCUCGCGCCCGGCGGCGGCAACACCGCGGUCCAGACGCCGCCCUCCGCGGCAGGCGCCUUCGAGGCGCUCUCGAAGCUCGUCAAGUGCCCCGCGCCGCGCCGCGCGCCAAACGUGGCGAGGCUCGAGGGGAGGCUGGCCGCUGAGGCCGCCGCCGCCGCCGCCGAGGCGCACCGGUUCGUGACGGUCAACUCGUCCGACGGCUCGAGUCAGUCCGUCGGGGACUCGCGAUCGAGCCACUCGAGCCAGGGCGACGAGGCCUAG